GGAUCAGCUGGAAUUAAACUCGUUUAUACGCUGAUGGAAAUAGAGGGUGGUAGAUGGGGAACAGAAAAGAAAAAUAAAAAAGAAAGGGUUCGACGUUUCGUUUCGGCGGAAUAGCAAUCGAAAAUUUCCAAAGUUACGUUCGAAAGAAUUUGAACAGGGACGAAAAUGGAAGGACCAAGGUAAAGCAAGAACAGAGUGCGGUAGCGCAAGGUGGGAGAACAAGGUAACGCAAGGUGGUGUCCGCUUUUCCAUCGCGUACAGGGGCCAAAAGCCAGCGGGUGUAGGUGCGGGUCGGCGCGGGCCCCCGACGGGGGGCACGCUUUGCUUUCAGUCAUUCCGAAGCAGGCGCGGAUAGCACGCGUUCGUUCGCCUAUCUUUUGCGAAAACGCAACGCACCUUCGACACGAAUAAUAAUUACGCUUUGAACGGGGGUGAAAGGAUCGUUGAUUGAUCGAGCCAAAGAGGCGGGAUCCUGAGAUCAUGCGCGGCAACAGCGAAGCAAUUUUCUUCUUCUUCGUCGCGGUCAAUCAUUUGAGUGCAGCGGAAGGUUGGUCAAGAUCGGUGAACAGGGCGGGCAGGGAGAGCAAGCUAGGUGACACCUGCGAGAAGGACGACGAAUGCGAUUCGAGCAUCGUCGCUAGUCACUGUCAUCGGGGCUACUGUCGUUGUUUGCCGUAUUUCGCCGCUUACAACGGAACCCAUUGCCUCGAGGCGGCUCUUCUGCGUCAGGAGUGUAUGGUCGACGAACAGUGUUCCUUGAAAGUUGCCAACAGCGAGUGCCUGGACGGUCUUUGCUCUUGCAAGGAGGGUUUCUUGCAAUUUCGUCGACACACCUGCCUGGGUCCGGCGAAGCUCGGUCAGGUUUGCUACGAGCACGCUCACUGUCGACUAUGGGACGAAAAUUCGCACUGCGACUUUUUGAUACCCGACUUGUUCGGCCGGUGUCAAUGCACCGCACCGAUGCGUCGUGAGAAGGACGUUUGCAGGCCGGACGAUCUCGUCAGACCGCCACCGUUGCUCGAUCGACAGUCGAGUUCGAGUACCACGGAAACGAGCACCCAGAUCGAUCAGGAUCGAGAAGAGAAUACAGGCGUUCAAAUGACAUGGUUGAAGAAUGGUACGACGCACGCCCCCGCGAUAUCGAUCAUCGGACCUACCUUGAUCGUCACGAACCCUACGACAACGCUCCCCAACGAUCGCGACGAACAGAGACCCGAGGACGAUGACGACGACGACGAGGACGACGAUUCCGUUGUCGUCGAGGCUAUCACCGAGAGCACGACGACGUUGCGCUCUUCCGUUGGGACAUCAGUACCCGUGAAAGCGGAUCGGCACGAAACGAGACCGGUAACGGCAGUUAGCUUGGGCCUGGACUGCGUUUCGGACGCUGAGUGUCGACUGGCGGACCCUUAUUCCAGAUGCAUCGAGGGCCUGUGCGAGUGCGGCUUCGUAGGGAACGGCAGUUGCAGCGCCAGCAAGCCUGGAUGCACGCCCGGUACCUUCCAGUGCAGAAGUUCCGGGAUAUGCAUCAGCUGGUUCUUCGUGUGCGACGGUAGGCCCGAUUGCAUCGACGGCUCGGACGAACGUUGCUCCGACCCCGAAGGAAACUGUCCCGCGGAAUCGUUCAGAUGCGAGCAGAGCAAACGCUGCGUGACCAGGGCGGUGGUGUGCGACGGGAAACGCGACUGUCCGCACGGCGAGGACGAAGCUGGCUGCAACGAUAGACGAAAAUGCCCGAACGGAGCGUUCAGAUGCAACAACGGUCAAUGUCUACCGGCGUACGAGUUCUGCAACGCGGUGGUAUCCUGCCGCGACGGAAGCGACGAGCCUAGAGGAGCCUGCCGAACGCGGAACCGCGGCCGGAUCGGGCCCAGGCAUUGUCCUUUCAGAUGCGACAACGGAAGAUGUCGUUCGGACGCGAUCGCGUGCAGCGGUCGCGACGGUUGCGGCGACGGUUCCGACGAGGCGCGCUGCUCCGUUUGCCGAUGUUCGACGUUUCCUUAACUGGCUCUGGAAGGGGUCUCCGGUGAACGAAUUUAUCGACGACGGACGUCGAUCUCGAGAACGUGACAAGAGAUUGGAGAACUGGAACGCGAGAGCGAUCGGUCGCGAAACGGCCACGUCUUUCUUCGCAACGAUUCCCUGUGUAUCGAAUCUUGACUAAGUUUCAUUCGAAUAAACAAAGUACUCGCGGAA